AUGAAGAAGCUGCAGCGUCAGGCCACGCUUGUGGGCUACGAUCAGCCACGAAGAACAAACCCUGGCUAUUUACUUCGAGCUGCCGAUGAGCAACAAUGGGGCCAAUUUGCCCCCAAACGGACCAGCUGGAAUUUCAAUGCGGACACGAUCAUCGAAAAGCUCAGGAAUAGCCCUUUCACGCUACGGGACGGCACCGAACUCCACGAUCUUCCAUUAUUUAGCGAAGUCACCAACUACGAUGUCUCGGAAGACGAGCAACUGAAACUUUGGACGCUGGAAACUCGCAGACUUGUGGACGUGUGCAACAGGGCACAGCCUCUUGAACUUCAAGGCAAGGACGAGUGGUUUGGAGUGCCAGACAAAGAUGGCUACAACCGACUUGACAGGCUCGCAGUCAAGCUAUUCUAUGCCAGUCACAUAUGCUAUACCGACAAUGAUCUCAUUCUACUAGAGCAUUCCCCAGCACAGUCUAAUCCUCGCAACUUUCGCUUGAGCCGUCGACGGCUGAUGGAAAACUUCGGUUCAGACGAAGCAUCAGACUCCACCGAGGCUUUUAUCAAAAUGCCCCGCGAGGGUGAUCGUUGUUACCAUGCGCUCGUGGAUUACGUGACAGGAACACUCGCCCAGCUCCUUGUUCGUGUUGUGGAAGGCGUGGUGUGGGACGAGAAUAUGAUCGCUGCUAUAGCCAAGAUAUCUACGAAGCUCAAGGUUCUCGGAAGCAACUUAGCAGAGUCGGCGGCAAUAUCUCUUGCCGAGGUAAAGACAUGGGAGCGCCGUUUGCAAGAACAGCUCGAGGCCGACUUGCCCGGUCCAACGACUGCAGAGGAGCCUGUGACUGAGAGAGACAAGCAGCUCGCCGCAGCUCAAUCCCAGAUCAGCCACAAGGGCCGCGAAUACUUUCAGAUCAUGGAUCUCUUCCACCAGUGCGUUAUUGUGUUAGUCAUGGAAGUUGCCCGGGAGCUGUCAACAGUCAACGAUAGCAGCCCUUCCUCUCACUCAUUCGAGGCGUGCUCCGUGAUUUACGACACGGGCUUCCUCCAGAAACGUGCCAUCCUUUGCCAGAAGAGAUCAGGCAUGAUCAGUGGCAGCUCCAGUCAUGUCAGCGUCCACUGCGUAGGGUUCGCGGUAGAUAUAUGCCGAACGGUGCUGGAAAACUUGGAGUCUAAGCACUCCAAGGGCUUGUCCAAGUCAGUAGGGUCCAGUGAGGAGGGAUCGGUAUACACCACAUUCCACUGGAAGUGGACGCCCCUCAAAUCCAAGAGGAGCGACGUGAGCUCGACAUUAUAUGACCAUGCUACUCUAGGCGAGUCGACAGUUGGCGUUGCAAAGUUGACCACCAUGAGAGAUGUCAUCACAGCUCUCGUUCCAUUCAUCAUGAGCAGUGGCGAGUACUCGAACCAAAUAGCGCCCAUCAUCGCCAAUCUGCAGGUGGUGAUUGAGAUUGGCACGCUCAGGAUCUGUGAGGAAGAGCGGUUCCUGGCGGCUCUCCUAGUCCGAACGAGCAAUUACCACUUCCAUGCGGACUCCGAUGUCACACCUGUCAGUACAAGUCUGAUCGUACAACGGCGCGGUCUGGCCAUUUGGCCGGUCGAGCACGCAGGACUACACCCCCAACCCCCCACCAAGCCGGACGAUUCUCAGAUGCGUGAAGAGUUGAGGGUGGCGAAUGAGAAGAUUGCCAGUGUCCUCAAGCUUAUGACGAACAAGUGGACAAUCGAUGAGAAGGCAAUCAUCAUUCCCUACCGAUUCUACUGCUGGGGUUCUAUCGGGUUCUGUGGCUUCCUAGUCCUCGGCGGGCUCGUCAUUGGUCUCUCAGUCGAGGAAAGGAUUCGCGGUGUAGACCCUUUCAAUAUCUCUGUAUUCUUCUGGGCCCUUGCUGGUUUCCUGAUGCUUUUCCUGAAGUCUAUCCGUGUCCACGAGUGGCAGUGGCGGGACUUCUUCCUUGGACAGGUCGUGUGCAGGUCGGUGUCCGAGGUCGUUGCCGUGAGCAAGGUUGACGCACAAGUGUUCUUGUCAGUACUCCUACACCUCGAACCAAUCAUGCAUAUUGAAAAGCAAGGUCCGUUUGAGGCCAUUUUCGCCAGAAAGGACGACGGAGGCUUCGCUAUCGACGUGCCGAUAAAAACAGAAGCUCUCAAUGAGGCAGGCUGCUUUUUCGCAAAAGUCCAGAGCAAGAGCGGGAGAGCGUUGAUGUGUCUGCGCCUAAAUUAUGGGCAGGCAUACGAUGCUGUUCAGCCUCAAGGCUAUUCUGACGAAGGGGAGGAAGCCAAGUGUCGCGAGCUUGAUCGACCAUGGCGCUGGGGCAAAGGUGACGAUGAGGCGCCGUUGUAUGCAUUAAUGACUGAUAGUCUUGGAUGGAGUCAAGUGUUUGGUCUUCAUUCUGGAAAGGCAUACUUUGAUUAG